AGGAUUUAAAUAUUUUGGGGAAAUGAACAUGAAUGUAUUAGGAGUAAUUCUUUUGGGAAUGCUGGCUGUUUUAGUGGAGGAAGGCAAGGGUAGUACCUGCACUCAAGGAAUCACUACAAUUUUAAAACCCGAGGAAAUAAAGUCGUACACGUGGAACGAGACUUACACUGAGUCUUACUUUAUAGAUGCGCUUGGCACUGGGGAUAUGUACUGGAUUGCCAAAUCAGGACCAAGUAUAAUAGAUGUGAUGAGAGAAAAUGCAGAUGGGAGUAUUCCGUGGGUUAGAAGGAUAAAUUCCCAGCAGAGUGUUCCCAAGGCGCAUGUACUUAAUAAUGCGGGGACUACACUUUGGAUAUUAGAUGAACAAUCUGGAUUCAAUGGAAUAGAUCUUUGCCAAAUUGAUACUUCAACAGCAGUUUUAACAUCUCAUGUAACAUACGAUCAGAGAAAUAACGAUUUGAGUUCAACCUUGUUGGUCUCAGACGACGACACAAAAUUGUACUACACUGCCAUAAAAGGAACAGAUGCAAACUUAUGAACAUUUGAUAUUUCCUCUCUUACUUCGUCAUGAUUCUCAACUGGAACCUCUUCUCCUCAUGGAAUUCUCAGGAUCAGUGACUCAAGGAUCAUUUUCUUUGGAGUAGAUAUCUCAACCAGCAAAGGAUUGAUUGCUAAUAUUGACCCUUCUCCAGCAACAGCUACUAGCAAUUGGGAAAAACUGGUUGGAAUCCCUGGAGGAGCUGCAGUAAUGAACAAGGCUAUCGCAGCUACUAAUACGGACAAAUCCUUAAUUUACGCUGCUGUCCCAAUCGGUACAUCCCCCUCUACAACGUAUCUACUAUUCCUCGUCAUUGACGAGCCUACAGGAAGUUUAGUUGGAGAUUCUUUAGUCUCAGACCAAGCUUGCACCAAAGUGGAUGAAGUAUUUUACUUCUCAGAUAGAUUUUAUGUAAUCGCACAAUUUACAGAGUCAAGAGUGCUUGUGUUUGACCCAGCUGAGCAUUCUUUCUCUGUUAUCUUCCAAAGCACAGGGUCUACAUUCAGAGGUAUUCUCUCGGACACUCUUUCCGGAAGGCUCGGACUCAUCGGAGGCAAGUCCAGCACCCCGAUUGUGUACAAAGUUCACCCAGAACAUUUGAGCCUUAAUGGAGAGCUCACUAAUUCAUCCAUGGGAAUGUCAAUCGCAACAACCUCAUACAGUUAUUCGUCUAGAACAUAUUCAUAUUCUGCAAAAUCUAGUUCUGCCCAUGGUAGUUACGGUGCACAUCCAAAUGCCCCUGCAUCAAGCACGGAGACAACACUUUGGGAGACUUCUGUAAAUAGAUUUGAAGAGCCUAUAACCAUCGAAGCAAACCCGAGUUUUCCUUUCGAUAAUUUCAUUAAUAUAACUUGCUCUAUUGGUUCAUCUACUCAGAUCAGCUACACACUCUCUAGUGCCGACACCAAGAGCAGCACAAAUUGGCUUACUUUUACUGAGAGUAAUUUCAGUCUGGCCGGGACUCCUCCAGACAGUGCAGCUGAUAAAACUUAUAACUACACUAUAGUGGCCAGUUGGAGCACAACUCCUUCAGGGACAGCUACUUCUGAAAUUACAGUCAAUGCUAAAUCAAAGGCGACUAUAACUGCUGGAGAAGUUGCAGAAGCUGCUGCCCAGUCUCAGGUAGGAGUAGCAGCUGGUGUUGCAGUCGUCAACUCAGCAUUGUUAGGGACUCCUCCAACUUCAUUAUGGUCAUUGCUGCAACAAUUACAGAUGUUGUUACUGCUAAUGCUUAUUGAUGAGUACACUCCUUCAGAUAUUAAUGAGUUCUUAGAAGGAAUGUCUUUUGCAAUGAUCAACUUUAAUUUUAUCCCAGCAGCUGAUCUUCCAUUGAUUGACAUUCCGCUAGAUUGGCUGGACUUCGGAGAGCCUGCAGAGAAAGUCCAGAAUCUUGGUAUUGAGUCCAUUAGCACAAUUGUAAAUAACUUCUCAUUAGUGUUUACUUUUAUUUGUGUAAUAAUUGCACAUACUGUGCUUAAAAUCAUUCCUUGGUUUAAAAAUAAGAACCAUCCUAACUGAUUUAUUAGAAAUGUAUCAAUUAUCAGAGAAAAAACCAUUGAUAUCAUCUUCUAUAUCGCUUAUGCUAGACUACUUUUGGAAGCACAUGAAACGAUAGUAGUGACUUCGGCACUAGAAAUUAAAGAGUUUGAUACAUCUUCUACUGCAAAAAUAAUAUCUCUUUUGAUUUGUUGAAUCUUUCUGCUGUUAUGUCUCAUAAUUCCUACUUUUGCUUUAUAUUUGUUCUAUAAUCAUAGAAAAGAAUAUGAUCCCGAGAAGAAGACACCCACUAUGGAGUUCUUUGCUGGCCUUAGAAACAGUAAGUGGGCCAGAUUUUAUAGUUUCCUUUUGUUGUUCAGAAGAGUCUUUUUUGUGUUUAUAAUCAUCUUCAUGACUGGAAAUGUGCACAGAGCUUGCAUUUAUUCUAUCCUUCUUGCCUUCCAAGUAGCAUAUUUUUGGAUUUUGAUCUGUUUGAGACCAUUUGAAGAACUACAAGAUAACAUCAUUGAGUUGGUAAAUGAACUCUUCUUAACUGAAGCUAUUUGUUACUUGUUUGCUAUGACAAGUGGUGACAAAUGGACUGAUUCAGCUAUCACUUGGUUCAUGAACAGUCUGAUCUUUAACUGCUUGAUUGUGCUUGGAAUUAUGAUCUCCUUCACGAUUGUGAAUAUUAUAGUGAAAUGUAGAGAGUCAAGAAAGAGCAAAGAGAGUUCAUCAUUCGGUCACUUGUCAGUACAAGAAGAACCUACUCCGGCAACAGAAAAUAGGAAUAUAAAAUCACAAAAUAUAGCUAGAAACGAUUCUGAAGAAGAGCCUUAAAAUAUUUAGUGAUAAAAUUAUAUCUGUAA